AUGUCUGACUCAGACCAUAUUCUCUUACUUUUAUCAUCAAUUUUAGCUCUUCUUAUUAUCUUCAUUCUAAUCAAUAGAAAGAAAACCAGAUUUAAUCUUCCACCGGGCAACAUGGGGUGGCCUUUUAUUGGAGAAACCAUUGGUUAUUUGAAGCCUUACUCUGCUAUAUCAGUAGGUGAAUUCAUGGAACAUCACAUAGCAAGGUAUGGAAAAAUCUACAAGUCAAGUUUGUUUGGCGAGCCGACGAUAGUCUCUGCAGAUGCCGGGCUGAAUAGAUUCAUAUUUCAAAACGAAGGGAAAUUGUUUGAAUGCAGCUAUCCAAGAAGCAUAGGUGGAAUUCUCGGAAAAUGGUCUAUGUUGGUUCUCGUUGGAGACAUGCAUAGAGACAUGAGAAUUAUAUCUCUCAACUUCUUGAGCCACGCCAGGUUAAGGACUCAUCUAUUGAGAGAAGUGGAGAACCAUACCUUUCUUGUUUUGAAUGCAUGGAAGGAUAAUUCUGUACUUUCUGCUCAAGAUGAAGCCAAGAAGUUCACUUUCAAUUUGAUGGCGAAACAUAUUAUGAGCAUGGACCCUGGCAAACCUGAGACUGAGCGGUUAAAAAGAGAAUAUGUUACUUUCAUGAAAGGAGUUGUAUCGGCACCUUUAAAUUUGCCUGGAUGUGCAUACAGAAAGGCCUUACAGUCUCGAUCAACCAUCCUGAAAUUUAUUGAGGAAAAAAUGAAAGAGAGAAUCCAAAAAAUGGAGGAUGGACAAGACGACAUGGAGCAAGAUGAUCUUCUAGGGUGGGUUUUGAAGCAUUCGAAUCUUUCAACAGAGCAAAUUCUUGACUUGGUACUAAGUUUGCUCUUUGCCGGCCAUGAAACUUCAUCAGUUGCAAUAACUUUAUCUAUCUACUUCUUGCAAGGUUCCCCUGCAGCUGUUAAACAGUUACAGGAAGAACACCUUGAGAUUGCCAGAGCCAAGAAGCAAUCAGGAGAGAAGGAGUUGAACUGGGAAGACUACAAGAAAAUGGAAUUCACCCAAUGUGUUGUGAGUGAGACACUUAGACUUGGAAAUGUUGUAAGAUUUCUCCACAGAAAGGCUCUGAAAGACGUACGGUACAAAGGUUAUGACAUUCCGAGUGGGUGGAAAGUACUUCCAGUAUUAGCAGCAGUGCACUUGGAUUCUUCUCAUUUUGACCACCCCCAACACUUCAAUCCAUGGAGAUGGCAGCAGCAGGUUAGUCAGUUUUUAACUCCCUGCAAUUGGAUUUAUUAGAACGUGUAAAAAAUGCCUCUUUCACGCAAUAAAGCACGUUAUAAAAAUCUUAUUGAUAUGGUUUUUUUAAAAGUUUGUAAUAGUUGGAAAACUUAUAAACAAAUAUCCAUGAAAUUUAUAUUAUACGAACUUAAAAAAAGAAACAUAUCAUAGUAGCAAUAAUAAUCAUAAGAUCCUUUCUUCAGUUUAUACUUUACGUUUAAUUAUUUAUUUCAAUUCAUUAUAUAGUUGUCAAAAAAAUGAUCAUAACAGUAGAUAACUGUCCCUACCUUAAGUCGAUUCAUAUUGAAUUUUAUAG